AUGAUAAGAUCUAUUCAUCCUCAUGAUGAAAAGCGACAAAAAGAAUUACAACAAUUACUUGUUACUUGGCUCAUAGCAAAUUCAUGCCCUUUAAUUAUUGUUCAAAUAAAUGAUGAAUUUUAUAAUAUUGAAAAUCACAAUACGUUUGAUGAUUAUAAGAAAGAAGAGUUACAAAAUGAACAAUCUUGA